AUGGGGAAGAGGCAGAGGAAGACUCCUGGGCGUGCGCCGGCACGGGGCCUUCCAAAGUCCAAGCGGACUGAUGAGCUAGCGGCAAUGUCUGAUUCUGACAAUGACGAAAUUGAUGCCUUCCACAAGCAGCGGGACAUGAUCCCUUUCGACGCCGAUGAUGUAAGGGAGUCGGAGGAUGAUGAUGUGGAGCAGCCUGUGUUUGACCUCGAGGGUGUUUCUGAUAGCGAAAGUGAGGACAGCAAAGGAGAAGAGUCUGGUGACAUGGCUGAAGCUGAUUAUGAAGAAUGGGACAAAGGGUAUAUUUCAAAAUGCUACAAGCAACAGUGCAAGGGCUGUUAUUGGACCGUCAAGAGAAGUUAA